AUGUUCUUGAAUUGGAAAGUUCCCCCAUUCCUCAAUCAUCGUGACAGGUAUCUGAAGGUCGAGUCCAACAGCAAACCUGGCAGCCAGAGAAUAGCUGCUCCUCGUCUUGCCACUUCCCCCACUGCACACCAACCCCACAGCCUUCAAACCAACCCAACCCCACAGCCUUCAUACCGACCCCACAGCCUUCACACCGACCCCACAGCCUUCACACCGACCCCACAGCCUUCACACCGACCCCACAGCCUUCACACCAACCCCACAGCCUUCACACCGACCCCACAGCCUUCACACCGACCCAACCCCACAGCCUUGACACCAACCCCACAGCCUUCACACCGACCCCACAGCCUUCACACCAACCCCACAGCCUUCACACUGACCCCACAGCCUUCACACCGAGCCCACAGCCUUCACACCAACCCCACAGCCUUCACACCGACCCCACAGCCUUCACACCAACCCCACAGCCUUCACACCAACCCCACAGCCUUCACACCGACCCCACAGCCUUCACACCAACCCAACCCCACAGCCUUGACACCAACCCCACAGCCUUCACACCGACCCCACAGCCUUCACACCAACCCCACAGCCUUCACACUGACCCCACAGCCUUCACACUGA